CGGUUUUCUUUUUCUUCACCGUUUGGGAUGUUCAGUGGGCGGGGAAAGCUACCCAGCAGCGUUGAGGCGCGCAGUUGUGGCGCGCAGUGACGUGAUCAGCUUCCGGAUUCCCGCCCCCGCCACUUGACAGAACCCCUCCAACAGCACGAACAUUCGACCGUUGGGGCAAUGGCACAAUUGGCGCGCGCCAUGUCCGCAUCGCCCGCCACGGCAUUUUGCGCGCCAUCGUGCGAACGACAAUGGAAAUUCAAAUCGUGCUGGGCGGGAAGAAACACCAGCUUUGGUUGCUGCCAUCUGUGCAAGGCGCCCGUCCGACGACAGGCAUUCCCGAGAAAUAGACGUAGAUGUGAGUAUAAAAAGGAUAAAGGCACCGGUCGCCGCCUGCAGAACUUCCAGAGGGGAUAUGUCUUUGGGCCUUCAGCCGAUGAAGCCUGGUCGUCGUUAGAAGUCGUAGGACAGAGAAGACCAGAACGAUUGUCUUCCUGCGUGAUCGCACGGGAGGUCGGUGCUCGUUCGACCGGUCGUUCACACUGGGAAGACCAUGACUGUGGCUGUUCGGCUGGUCGCUCAAGCUCGGGAAAUGCCGACUCCGGGGGCGGGGGAACCGACUUCUCUGAAAAUGGGGAAACCUCGACGAAAGAGACGACAGAAAAUGGCGAGAAGAGCGGCGGACGGAGAAGCUUGAUGAUACAGCUGGCGGCAUAUGCGCCCUUACUGGCCCUGACUAAGGCCACAGUGAUUGAUGGGGUAAUGUUCCGUCCAGACCCCGCGGCGGCAAUCUCUCUGGGAACGUCGGGGCCCAAGGAAUGGCUGGCAGAGCAAAAGCGGAAAUCGGCGAGAUUUGUGUUGCUGCCCAUCGAAAUUUCUAGAAGCAAACUUGAUGAAGUUUUGUCGUUGUUUAGUAAUGACGCCCGCGAUGGAGCCGAUGCUAGUGGGGGCGGGGCAGGGGGAGGGGGAGGAGGUGGAGGUGGAGGGGGAGGAGGAGGAGGAGGAGAUGAGGGGAAAGCUUCUGCUUCUUUGUCAGGCGCUAGCCUCGCAAUGAAGGACAGACAAGCCUAUAUGACCGCCAGAUCUUUGGUACGGUCAGCGUCCAGAGACUGCAUGCCUUUGCAAUCUGGAUCGUUGAUCGAGCUUCAAUCAAAGGCGAUAGAAGUGUGCACUUUCCGAUUGAUCCUGAACAAUGCAUCAUCGCUAUUAGGUGAUGAUGACAUCAGGAAAGUGGAGGCAGACGCGGUAUUAAGGAAACUCGUCGCGUCCUUCGUCUCCUUGGAUAGCGCCAUCUCCCAAGGAGCCUCGCUAACGGCCAAUGAGGGAGCUUAUGACAGCCUAGCAACAGAUAAGAUAGGGGCAAGGGAAGCCGUCGUGUCUGCCGCUAGGGACACACAGAAGGCCCUCGAUAUCUUCUCUGACAGGAUAAAGAUUGUGCUUGGACUCCCAGUGUAACACCAUGUGCCUCGCGGAUUGCGCCGCCACGAUCAUCAAAACACGCGCGCGCGCGCGCGUUUGCAUAGGUGUGUAUGUGUGUGUGUGUGUGUGUGUGUGUGAGAGAGAGAGAGAGAGAGAGAGAGAGAGAGAGAGAGAGAGAGAGAGAGAGAGAGAGGAAAGGGAUUUGAACACUCCGUCACAUUGUGCAUCGCCCAUACCUUCUCAGGACAAAAAUUGGCAUUCGGUCAAAGACCCCGUGCUCGUUCUUUCGGAUGAUUCCCUUCUCUGGAUUCCCCUUCUUCCCUCCCUCACUUUCUUAGUCUCUGUGAGUUGUCUCGCGGGGGAUUUCUGCAGGUGUGCUAGUAAGCCGUACGCCUUCUGCAUUGAUCGUUUCUCGGUGGAUUCCCGGUCUGUUCCUCAACAUGGCAAGCCACAUUUAUCAUUACGUGGAAAGUAAGGAGAGUACCUUUUCUCCCUACCCUCGGCCCCCCCGCCCUCCCCCCCAAGGAAGGUGAAGCGCAUGGGGUCCGCUUUUGUCGAUCGAUGGAGGAGGAACGCCGCAAUCUCUCUAUCUUCGUUCUCGCAGGCCCCAGCGCGUAGAGAUUUCACAUGUAUACCUUUCUCGGCCUUUUGGCUAAUAAGAUCAAGUGUAGUAUCUGUGUUCUGAUCAGAGUACAAUAUCUGGCCCAUUAAAAAAAAAAAAAAAAAAAAAAAAAAAAAAAACACUGUCAUCGACUGCUGAAGCCCUGUCGGCUUUUGCCGCCUGCAAUUGGCAUAUCUAUCUAUAGAUAGUAAGCCAUCGAUGGUAGUGCGGUCGAUACAUAGUAUUUCAUCAAUGCGACAUAUGUGGGACGAAAUGGGUAAAGUUUGACCCAUACUAUGUUAUAUGAGCCUUUGACACGAAUUCUCUUUUUUUUGGUUAAUUUGGACCAUUUCUCGAUUUAUGCGUGUCAUUCUUGUGCAGGGGCCAUGCUAAUCUUCUUUCUCUGUAUCGUUCCAUUUUUUUUUUAUUUUUAUUUUUUUUGGUAUCGUUCCAGUUUUUACUGAAUCCCGAAGGACUUUGACAGGAAUUCUUGCGAAAUGAGAAAUG